UUUGCGCUGUGACUUCAGGCGAACACCACAUUAACCGCUUUAAAGCUAAAAAAGCUCUCAGUGCAACAAUCGCGCGAAUAUUGGAAAUACCACAAAUAGUCGUUGGAAUAACUAAUCGGCCAGCCGGUGGAACACAAAUAAAAACCAAACAUAGCUGAUUUCAACAACCAUAUAUAAGUAAACAACAACAACAGAAGACGCAGACGCGAUCGUUUUAGCAAGGAAGUGAUAGAAAUAUAAUCUUGAAGCAAUGGAACUUCUCCACAAAGUAGAAGACCGCGAGAAAUCAAAAAUAGCGCAAUGGUAUUCUGGUAAAAUUAUAUUGAUUACCGGCGCCACAGGUUUUAUGGGUAAAGUUUUGGUCGAGAAGUUAUUACGAAGCUGUUCAGACGUGAAAAGGAUUUAUUUGCUGAUCAGAUCAAAGAAGGGUGUGGACCCUAUGGAACGUAAGGAUCAAUUCCUCAAAUGCGUGAUCUUCAAUAAAGUUUUGAUGGAAAAUCCUGAGAUCGUGAAUAAAAUUCAAGUCGUGAAAGGUGAUGUGGUGGAAGAAGGCCUCGGCUUGAACGCAAAUGACACCAACGAAUUAGCAGCGAAUGUUGAAGUGAUAUUUCAUUGUGCUGCCAAUGUCAGAUUUGAUCAGCCUCUUCGCCCAAUGAUUCGUAUGAAUGUUGCCGGCACAUUAAAAUUACUCCAGCUAGCCGAAAAAAUGACUAGCCUUAAAACUCUCGUGCACGUGUCUACAUCAUAUUGCCAGUGUAAUGAAAGUGUCCUGGAGGAGCGCGCUUAUCCAGCACCACAAAAUCCUUACGAUAUAAUAAAAAUGGUGGAGGAAAUGAAUGAUGAUGCUUUGAAAGAAAUAACACCAAGACUGCUGAAUGGACUUCCGAACACAUAUGCAUACAGCAAGGCCCUUACUGAAGAUUUAAUAUGUAGAUAUGGAAAGAACUUACCCAUAGUUAUUACUAGACCAUCAAUAGUUACCGCUGCUAUCAAAGAACCUCUGCCCGGUUGGAUAGAAGGCAUUAACGGGCCAACCGGUCUAAUGAUUGGAGCAGCACGAGGCAUUAUUCGCUCAAUGCACUGCAACCCCCAAUACUCAUCGACAGUUAUACCAGUGGAUAAAGCCAUCAACGGGAUGCUGGUAGCAGGAUACAACCGUAGUAAAUCAAAAGAAAAAGAAUCCAUUGAAUUCUACAAUCUCUGUAUUUCAAAGAAAGAACUUUUUUCUUGGGGUGAAAGCAUCGAGACUGGAAAACGAUUUUUCUAUGAGUUCCCGCUAAGUUAUGCAUUGUGGUACCCAGAUGGAUCAAUAAAGAAGAGCUACUAUCAUCAUCUUUUCUGCGUGAUUUUCUUUCAUUAUAUUCCAGCAUAUCUCAUAGAUUUUUUCUUGACAAUUUUUGGACGAAAACCCUUUAUGAUACAUGUACAAAACAAGAUAUCAACAGGUCUUAACUUAUUACAGUACUACACCACUAAAGACUGGGACUUUCGCAACGACCAUUUUCAACGUUUAAGCGAUAACUUAAAUCAGACUGAUCAGGAGCUGUUUGAUACGUCACUAAGUCAAGUAAAUUGGGAACAAUACAUACGUGGAUAUAUAAUUGGCAUGCGAACAUACAUACUUGGCGAGGAUGAAGCGACUAUUCCAAAGGCGAGAAGAAUGCUGCGCAGAUUAUAUAUUCUAGAUCGCUUCACAACAUACACUUUUUACGUUUUAGCCUUUUGGUUCUUGUGGCUGAAUUUAGAAGGUUUUGUGGCGGAAAGUGAUGCGAUAAUACGGUCCUCUUUGCAAAUAAUUUACAAAGAUUAUAAUAAAACUGUUCAUACUUAGUGUCAAGGUCGACAGUUAGAAUUUGUCCAUGCAAAUUUAUUCAUCGCAAUUUUUCCAGAGGAGUGUAAUAACUAUGUACACAUCGAAUUUUUAUGCAAAAACAUAAAACAAAAAUU